CUUCACUUCACGUGCCACCUAAAAGCUUGAAAGAAGCAAGCCAGUGGCCAAUUCCCGGUAAGGUAAGCUACCUUCAGCAGUGUCCAUGGAUGAGUGGUUCAUAAGCUUGUGUUUCAUAGCCAUCUCAACGACCACGGUGCUGGCCUUUUGGUUCAUCAAGCUCUCCGUUGACGAGGCCGGCCUCAGGAAGAAGCGGCUGCCUCCCGGGCCAUGGACUCUCCCGAUCAUCGGCAGCCUUCACCACGUCGCCAGCGUCCUCCCGCAUCGCACGCUCAUGCAGCUGUCUCGCCGGCACGGGCCGCUGAUGCUCCUUAGGCUAGGCCAAGUCUCCACCGUGGUGGUGUCCAGCGCCGAGGCCGCGGCGCUGGUCAUGAAGACCAACGACCCUGUGUUCGCGGACCGGCCGCGCGGCGUGACGCUGCACAUCGCCAGCUCCGGCGGCAAGGACAUGGUGUUCGCCCCAUAUGGCGACCACUGGCGGCAGAUGCGCAAGAUCUGCAUUGUACACCUCCUCGGCUCCGCGCAGGUGAGUCGCAUGGAGGGCAUCAGGGCUGAGGAGGUGGGCGGCCUCCUCCGCGACAUCGUGGCCGCCGCCUCCGCCGGCGCCACCAUCAACGUCAGCGAGAAGGUGAUGGCGCUCAGCAACGACAUCGUGACCAGGGCGGUUUUCGGCGGCAAGUUCGCACGUCAGCGCGAGUUCCUCCGGGAGAUGGACAAGGUGUUCAAGCUAAUGAGCGGCUUCUGCCUGGUCGACAUGUUCCCGUCGUCGAGGUUGGUACGGUGGCUGAGCAAUGGCGAGCGCCACAUGAGGAGAUGCCAUGGCCUCAUCCAUCGCAUCAUUGCUGAGGUCGUCGAAAAUCGCAAGGCCGCGCAUGCUUCUGCCACGGGCGGUUCCAUUCCAGGGAAUGAGGACCUGUUGGACGUGCUGCUCAGGCUCCAGCAGGAGGACUCUUUGGAAUUUCCUCUCACCACGGAGACAAUGGGGGCCGUCUUGUUUAAUAUGUUUGCAGGGGCUACAGAGACCACGGGGACCAAUUUGGCAUGGGUCAUGUCAGAGCUUAUGCACAACCCUAAUAUUAUGGCUAAAGCACAACAUGAAGUACGAGAGGUGUUGGGUGAAGGCCGAUCUGUCAUUACUAAUGGUGACCUUGGCGAACUCCAAUAUAUGCGGAUGAUCAUCAAGGAGGCCCUUAGGUUGCAUCCGCCUGGUCCUCUGAUUCCACGCAUGGCCAGAGAGGAUUGUUCAGUUAUGGGUUAUGAUAUCCCUAAAGGUACUAAUGUUUAUAUCAAUAUUUUCGCAAUUUCUCGGGAUCCUAGAUAUUGGAUCAAUCCUGAAGAGUUCAUGCCAGAGAGAUUCGAGAAGAACAAUGUGAAUUACAAAGGAACAUACUUUGAGUUCAUUCCAUUUGGGGCUGGGAGACGGCAAUGCCCGGGGAUUCAGUUUAGCUUGGCAAUCACUGAGAUGGCACUGGCAAACCUUUUGUAUCACUUCGAUUGGAUGCUCCCUAAUGGUGCUAACCAUGCUUCGUUUGACAUGUCAGAGAAAUUUGGGUUUGCAGUAAGCAAAAAGUAUGACCUGAAACUGAGAGCUAUUCCACACGUGUGGUCCAAUGUUACGGCGUCGAAGUGAUAGAGGAGCCUGCAUGUUGAGGUUGCAAUGCAUGUUUACAUACACGCACUUUCAGGCUUUCAGCACAUGUCAAUGAUGUCACUAUCGGGAUCGGGGUGCAUCGUUGUAACUUUAUGCAAGCAAACAUUAUGGUAUUGCAUCUACAAACUAUUAUGGUACUAUAUACCACUGUUUGUAUAAAUAGUGCAGGUUAGAAGAUAUUGCAUUGUACUACAUGAUCGUAUAGGACAUAAUUGUAUUAUUAUACUACUCCCUCCUUCGUUCUAAAAUAAGUAUCGAUGAUCUAAUAUCAAACUAAAUUUAUGAUAUUUAUUUUGGAACGAAGGGAAUAUUAGUUAAGUAUAUGCGAUUUGCCUUUAAAA